AUGGCCUCGCUGCCGACGCAGGGGCCCUCGGUCCCCGACUUACUUUCUGGGUUGCCACCAGCGGCCUCAAUUCCUGCCAACCAGAGCUCAGAGGCCUCGGCGGGCAACGCGUCCGCGGCGGGCCCAGGCGCGCAGGCCGUCACGCCUUUCCAAAGCCUGCAGCUGGUGCAUCAGCUGAAGGGGCUGAUCGUGCUGCUCUACAGCGUCGUGGUGGUCGUGGGGCUGGUGGGCAACUGUCUCCUGGUGCUGGUGAUCGCGCGGGUGCGUCGGCUGCACAACGUGACCAACUUCCUCAUCGGCAACCUGGCCCUGUCCGACGUGCUCAUGUGCGCCGCCUGCGUGCCGCUCACGCUGGCCUACGCGUUCGAGCCCCGCGGCUGGGUGUUCGGCGGCGGCCUGUGCCACCUGGUCUUCUUCCUGCAGCCAGUGACCGUGUACGUGUCGGUGUUCACUCUCACCACCAUCGCGGUGGACCGCUACGUCGUGCUGGUGCACCCGCUGCGCCGGCGCGUCUCGCUGCGCCUCAGCGCCUACGCCGUGCUGGCCAUCUGGGCGCUGUCCGCGGUGCUGGCGCUGCCGGCCGCCGUGCACACCUACCACGUCGAGCUCAAGCCGCACCGCGUGCGCCUCUGCGAGGAGUUCUGGGGGUCUCAGGAGCGCCAGCGCCAGCUCUACGCCUGGGGGCUGCUGCUCUUCACCUACCUGCUCCCCCUGCUGGUCAUCCUCCUGUCCUACGUCCGGGUGUCGGUGAAGCUGCGGAACCGCGUGGUGCCGGGCUGCGUGACCCAGAGCCAGGCCGACUGGGACCGUGCGCGCCGCCGCCGCACCUUCUGCCUGCUGGUGGUGGUCGUGGUGGUGUUCGCCGUCUGCUGGCUGCCGCUGCACGUCUUCAACCUGCUGCGGGACCUCGACCCGCACGCCAUCGACCCCUACGCCUUCGGGUUAGUGCAGCUUCUCUGCCACUGGCUGGCCAUGAGCUCGGCUUGCUAUAACCCCUUCAUCUACGCCUGGCUGCACGACAACUUCCGCGAGGAGCUGCGCAAGCUCUUGCUCACCUGGCCCCGCAAGAUCGCGCCGCACGGCCAGACCCAGACCGUGACAGUCAGCGUGGUCAUCUGA